AUGUUUCACAAAGAUCGUCUGAAAGUUGUCAAGCGAACAUGGGGACCGAAAUUCGACAAUAUUAUCUACUACUCAAAUGUUACUGAUCCUGAUAUUCCAACUGAACGAUCCGGACCGAAUACUGAGCGUGGGCAUUGUCAGAAAUUGUAUCACAUUAUGGACGAAUUCUUGAAGAUGAAUGGAUAUGACUGGCUCUAUGUCGCCGAUGAUGAUACAAUUGUGUCUGCUUAUAGAAUUCAUCGCCUCAGUGCUUGUUAUGACCCGACCGAGCCCGUUUUCAUCGGCGAAAGAUAUGGCUACAACUUGAAUAGCAGAGGGUACCCUUACAUUACUGGCGGCGGCGGGAUGCUGUUUUCAAGAGCAGCCGUUGAAAAAUGGAAGAAAUUGGGGUGCAAGUGCCCUGCGCCAGAUACUCCCGACGACAUGAUGAUUGGACUGUGCUAUCAUAAUGGGGACGUGCCCAUCGUUCAUUUGAAUAACUUUCACCAAGCUAGGCCGGAUGACUACAGCGAGGGAUAUCUGGACAACAAUACGCCCGUUUCUUUCCACAAGCACUGGAAUUGCGAUCCGCUGCAAAUUUACGCUAAUUGGUUCGGCAUUGAUGAUACUAAAUGGUGGGCCACGCGGGCGCACGAUUUCAACGACCAUGAGUUCAAGCAUGACGAGCUUUAG